AUGGAUAAAGAUAUGCAAUCGUUCUCGUCCACGGACUCCGACAGCGAGUAUAGGCUAGACUUAAAUGUAUCAACUAGAGAGAUGGACCGCUGUGCGAUUACCGGAGUAUACAGCGUCGAAGCAUUUGGAUUCAACAACAGAGCGCCUGGAAAGGUAGUCCCCAUGCGAAUCCUUCCCGAAUGCCUACGCAACGACGACAAAGCCCAGCACCUCGUCCAAGUCUUUACCGGAGGACGGAUCCACUCAAUCCGAUCGAUAAUCGACAAGCCCGAAAACGCAAUCUUCAUGUCCGAAGCCAUCACAGACAGCUUUCGAGAAUUCUACUGGUCCCUUAAACCAGCAGCAACAACAGCCCCCAGAACCACAAGAUCCAACCUCGCCGUCGAACGACUUGCCGCCCUUCAGGUCCCCGAGAUCGCAUCCCUACCGCCAAACUCGCCCGUUGUGCUCGGGGAUAACGAAGCGAGCUUGUCCGUCCCUCCCCCUUCUCCAGAUCUCUGCCGCCUACACCUUGCCGUGGGGCAGAUCCUUAACGAGACUGGCUCUCUCCCCAUGAUCCUAAGGUUCUCUAUGCCCGGAACUCUCAAAGAAGCCAAGCAGUAA